AUGGGUUCAUGGCCUCGCCUUGUUUUUGUGGGUGUUUUAUUGGCACAAUUUAGCUACGUCGCCUGCUACACAAAUUGUGGUGGUUCAUUGACCGACCAGGCUGGCACGAUUCUCUCCCCCAACUUCCCAGACUCCUACCCUAACGAUGCCAUCUGUAACUGGACAAUCACAGUGGCUGAAGGACAGGUUGUUGCAUUCAGAUUUACCCGUCUGGACUUGGAACGGUUGUAUGAGAACUGCAUAGACCACGUCCAGUUUUAUGACGGCCCAAGCCCACAGUCCUCUAGGAUUGAGGGACGAUUCUGUGGCUACCAGGGCGAAACUGUAUCAAAAACUGUCAUCAGGUCGACGAAAAACCAUAUGCACGUGAGAUUUCAGUCGGAUUCGACAGGUUCACGUCCAGGCUUUAGCGGCUCCUACUGGGCUCACGAGUGUGAAAGUUUCAAACACGGCCCUGAGACCUGCAACAUUACCUGUAUUUGUGACCGAGAAAACUCCCUCUACUGUGUCAACUACAACGGUACCUGUGUGUGUAAGGCCGGCUGGUCAUCUGCGGACUGUUCUGUGGACAUCAACGAAUGCGAUGACCCAAACCUGUGCUCGGACCUGUACUCUGUUUGUGUCAACACACCUGGCAGCUACAGGUGUGACUGUAAACCUGGGUUAAUCAAAAACAGUACAGGACAGUGCUGGGACCCGAAACAAUGCAUCGAAAAGAAAUGUUCCCAUGCUUGUGGCAUCACAUCAACCAGCCCCAGAACAGAAGUUUGUUAUUGUCCUAAAGGCAUGAAGCUUAAUCCUGCAGACAACCUGACGUGCGUUGAAUGCGACGACUGGACAUUUGGCGAAAACUGCUCCAACUCGUGUAAGUGUGAUAAGUCAAGGACAAAGUCAUGUGACAAGACCAAUGGCCUGUGUACAUGUUAUUCUAACUGGACGUCCACCUUGUGUGAUCGAGAUUUUGAUGAAUGCAGUCUAUUGAGGCCUCCGUGUUUAGAACCAGUAGAAAAUGCAAGGUGCGGCAACACAUAUGGAUCUUUCGAGUGUCGUUGUUUAGUAGGCUAUGACAUAGUGAAUCAGACAUACUGUGAUGCAUGUGGUAAAACCUUAUCACAGACAUCAGGCAGUAUUGAAAUCAACCGUUACAACCACCACUAUUCAUCCAGUAUUUUUCUGAUGUGUUCUUGGACUAUACAAGCACAGGAAGGAAAGGUUGUUUCUUUAAAGUAG